GCCGGGGAUGACGCCCCUAGGGCCGUGUUCCCCUCCAUCGUGGGCCGCCCCCGUCACCAGGGCGUCAUGGUGGGUAUGGGUCAGAAGGACUCCUACGUAGGAGAUGAAGCCCAGAGCAAGAGAGGUAUCCUGACCCUGAAGUACCCCAUUGAACACGGCAUCAUCACAAACUGGGACGACAUGGAGAAGAUCUGGCACCACACCUUCUACAACGAGCUGCGUGUGGCCCCUGAGGAGCACCCCACCCUGCUCACUGAGGCCCCCCUUAACCCCAAAGCCAACCGUGAAAAGAUGACCCAAAUCAUGUUUGAGACCUUCAACGUCCCUGCCAUGUACGUGGCCAUCCAGGCUGUGCUGUCCCUGUAUGCCUCUGGCCGUACCACUGGUAUCGUGCUGGACUCCGGUGAUGGUGUGACACACAAUGUCCCCAUCUAUGAGGGGUAUGCCCUGCCCCAUGCCAUCAUGCGCUUGGAUCUGGCCGGCCGGGACCUCACUGACUAUCUGAUGAAGAUCCUGACUGAGCGUGGCUAUUCCUUCGUCACCACAGCUGAACGUGAGAUUGUCCGCGACAUCAAGGAGAAGCUGUGCUAUGUGGCGCUGGACUUUGAGAACGAGAUGGCCACCGCUGCCUCUUCCUCCUCCCUCGAAAAGAGCUAUGAGCUGCCUGAUGGGCAGGUCAUCACCAUCGGCAACGAACGUUUCCGCUGCCCAGAAACCCUCUUCCAGCCUUCCUUCAUUGGUAUGGAGUCCGCAGGGAUCCAUGAGACCACCUACAACAGCAUCAUGAAGUGCGACAUUGACAUCAGGAAGGACCUGUACGCCAACAACGUCAUGUCUGGGGGUACCACCAUGUACCCAGGUAUUGCUGACCGCAUGCAAAAGGAGAUCACAGCCCUGGCCCCCAGCACCAUGAAGAUCAAGAUCAUUGCCCCACCUGAGCGCAAGUACUCUGUCUGGAUCGGUGGCUCUAUCCUGGCCUCCCUGUCCACCUUCCAGCAGAUGUGGAUCACAAAGCAGGAGUACGACGAAGCUGGCCCAUCCAUCGUCCACCGUAAAUGCUUCUAAACGUGUUUACAUGAUCACUUUGCCAACCAUGCUCAGGAUGACGACCUUGGUUGCAGGCUGCCGAGGACCUGCAACAGCCAUAUAACUUUCUGUUUUGUAACGAUUUCUGGUUACUGUUGCUGCAAAGCUCCACGUGACACAGUGUAUGUAAAGUGUACAUAAAUUAAUUUAUUUUACCUCGUUUUGUUUGUUUUUAAAACCAAUGCCCUGUGGAAGGAAACGAAAAACUUCAAGAAGCAUUAAAUCAUCAGUCAUUCUGUCACACCCCUAA